AUGAAAGGGAACCAGAGGCCACCUCCUUGCCGCCGAUUGUGGUUGCACCGGAGAAAUCGACUGACAUGGUCGACUUCUACUACUAUUGGAAGUCUCGAAGUCGGUGCCUCCAUCGACCGCUACUGCAUCUUCGUUCCAUCCCCGGACCAACAACGAGAGCACCACUUUUAUAGAAUCCAAUUGCUUUAUCUCCAAGAAGAAUUAGACAUUUGUCUUGUGUGUCAUGAAUGCACGCAAUUGGAGGUUCCAGCUGCAAUGAGCUUUGAUUAUUUGUGGAAGAUAUCAUUAAAGAUGCAGAGCAUGGAAGCUAGGAUUCCCAUGCCAGUUGCACUGGCACAAGGUGUAAAUUUGAUAUCUCAUGUCCUAAAGGUGUUUUGUAUACAAACCAUUGCUUACUCGAUUCCUUCAGAUUACAUGACUUCUGUAUCAUCAUCUACUCAUAACACAAUCAAGCUUUGGGAUUUAUCAGACUGCACUUCUCUUGAUUCCCUCAUUGAGUCGUUCACAAGACGAAUGGUGAAAAACAUUAGGACACCUGCAAAUAUAAUAAUACUAACUAAGACUGCAGAUGAUGAUGUUCCUAUCACUCCAGAUGAGAUUGCUCAAAGAAGAGUUGAUGAGUGA